AUGCAGCGACUCAGCUCGAACGCGCUGCGACGCUCUUCUGCAGGUUGUUCGGCGUGGCUUGCGGUGUCCGGUUUGCGCACGACUCGUGUGGUUCUAGUGCCGCGUCGAGAGGUCUCGUCGUCAGCGCCGCCUGCGAAUGGGUCUGCAGAGUCCAUUCGAUCGCCACCAGAGAUCUCCGUAGCUGACGCGACCCAGGGCGCGCCCGAGCUGGACACAAGGGCGGCAGAGGAGGUACGGCUAGCGCAGGACUUGGGCGAACAGGCAUUCGGUGAAAACACGGAAAUCCUGAAGAAGGUGGCGGCUCGCGGGCUGCGUUCCUUUGUCGUGUGCGCUGUCGGCCUGGGCGUCUUCACGUGGGCCAUGAAGAAAAAGAAGCAGGAGCUCGAGGCAACCGCGCCUCCGGCUGUAGAGGCCGCCGGUGAUGCGCACGCUGAGAGGGACGAGGACCCGACGCAGCGGUACUUGCACGAGAUGCGCGGGCUCGGCUUCGAUGUGGACACGCUAGAGGAGGAGCUGGAGCAUGAGCAACGCGCCAAGGCUACCGCUUUGCGGCAGCGCGCGGGGCUGUAG